GCCUGCUCUGUCAAUCCCAUUCCAAUUCUGUCCUCGAAAAAGGAUGGGGGAAGUAUUUCUAAGGUUGUUAACCGUUACUCCAGCCACUCUUCGCAAGAACUGGCACAUGCUAACGAUUUAGUAGGAUCAGUAAUGGGACGGGGGCUUUAUCACCUACGCCACCUCUCUCUUCCCCAUUAAUCCUCACUCCCAGACGCAUUUAAGUUAUUAAGCUUCUCCUGUUCUUCAUACUCAUACUCUCCAAUCUCAUUCAGAUUUUGCAGAAGCAUAUGAGGCUCCAUUAAAUUGAAUCGACGAGUUCUGUGGCUUAGGUUUCAGAUUUCGGUGCUUCCGGAGUUCACUCGCUUCGAUUUCCGAUCCGGAUUCAGAGUCCAUGGCCGAAUCAGUGAGAUAAUAUUUGAUUUCAUAUUUCUACACACUCAGUGACUCAGCUGGUCUUCGUCGCUCAUAGUUUCGCUCCAGCGAGACGGGUUUUAUCGGCAUCCACGCGUCUUUCCCUGUAAAAGAUAUCCCUUUAGACUGCCGCACUUAAUCCCAUCGGCAGACCACUCUGAAACUGAAGCGGGAGAUACUGAACAGUGAAUACUUGGGAAUCGGCAAACGGCUAGUCGGCGAAAGCUUAGCAAUCUUCCCACUCCGCAACGACGGUCGACGGCAGGAAGGGCAAAGGCAGUCCGAGUCCGACUUGGAGUUUGGGACUUGUAGCGAACGGCCAGACGCGAGGGAAGAGACUGGUAUAGGCAUUUCGGCAUUCUCCAGUCCAGAUUUGCUUCCUACGGUAUCGGCAGCCGUAGAGUCCGUGCUUCCUAAGUGGCGACUCCCUGUUCAGCAGAUGAAUGUUGUUAUAGUGAUUAAUAAAUAAUGUGGAAGCUCAAGACAGCAGAAGGAGGUAGCCCAUGGCUGCGGACUCUGAACAGCCACGCCGGCCGUCAGACUUGGGACUUCGAUCCGAACCUCGGCACUCCCGAAGAAUUGGAGGAGAUCGAAAAGUUCCGUGAGAAUUUUCGCAAGAACAGAUUCCAACAGAAACACAGUUGGGAUCUUCUAAUGCGUUAUCAGUUUGCUAAGGAGAACCCGGUAAGCACACUGUUACCUCAAGUAACAGUAAAGGACAAUGAAGAUAUUACAAGAGAUAAAGUAACUACAACCCUGAAAAGGGCAGUAACUUUUCAUUCGAGCAUACAAGCUCAAGAUGGUCAUUGGCCAGGAGACUAUGGAGGUCCAAUGUUUUUAAUGCCUGGUUUGGUAAUUGCUCUUUCUGUUACUGGGGCAUUGAAUACGGUGUUAUCAAAAGAGCAUAGACGUGAGAUGUGCCGUUAUCUUUACAAUCACCAGAAUAGUGAUGGUGGCUGGGGUUUGCAUAUUGAAAGCCAUAGUACCAUGUUGGGUUCUGUUUUAAGCUAUGUUACCUUAAGACUCCUUGGGGAGGGAGCUAAUGAUGGAGGUGGGGCAAUGGAGAAGGGCCAGAAAUGGAUUCUAGAUCAUGGUGGUGCCACAUAUAUAACAUCGUGGGGAAAAAUGUGGCUCUCAGUGCUUGGCGUAUUUGAAUGGUCAGGAAAUAACCCUCUUCCUCCAGAAAUAUGGCUUCUUCCGUAUUUUAUUCCAAUCCACCCAGGAAGAAUGUGGUGCCACUGCCGGAUGGUUUAUCUGCCUAUGUCCUACUUGUAUGGGAAAAGGUUUGUCGGUCCAAUUACGCCAAUAGUUUUAUCUUUGAGGAAGGAGCUAUUCACUGUCAUGUAUCAUGAAAUCAACUGGGACCAGGCACGGAACCAAUGCGCAAAGGAAGAUCUUUUUUACCCUCACCCUCUAGCACAGGACAUACUUUGGGCUGCACUUCAUAAGCUUGUUGAACCUGUUUUGAUGUGUUGGCCUGGUAAAAAGUUGAGAGAUAAAGCUCUUCGAACUGUUAUGGAACACAUACAUUAUGAAGAUGAAAACACUAGAUACAUAUGCAUUGGCCCUGUGAACAAGGUGUUAAAUAUGCUUUGCUGUUGGGUUGAAGAUCCCGAGUCAGAAGCUUUCAAACUGCAUCUUCCAAGACUUUCUGAUUACAUUUGGGUUGCAGAAGAUGGCAUGAAAAUGCAGGGAUAUAAUGGCAGCCAAUUGUGGGACGCUGCAUUUGCUGUUCAAGCAAUCAUAUCUACAGACCUUGUUAAUGAAUAUGGUAAAACUUUGAGAAAAGCGCAUGAAUACAUUAAGAACUCCCAGGUAUUAGAUGACUGCCCAGGAAAUCUCAGUAGCUGGUAUCGUCAUAUCUCAAAAGGUGCUUGGCCUUUCUCAACUGCAGACCAUGGAUGGCCCAUAUCAGAUUGUACUGCAGAGGGAUUGAAAGCAUCUUUGGCGUUAUCUAAGUUACCUCUAGAAGUUGUUGGGGAGCCAUUAGACACCAAGGGUUUGUUUGAUGCUGUAAACGUUAUACUCUCAUUACAGAAUCCAGAUGGUGGCUAUGCGACCUAUGAACUGACAAGAUCGUAUCCAUGGUUAGAGUUAAUCAACCCUGCUGAGACUUUUGGUGAUAUUGUCAUUGAUUACCCUUAUGUUGAGUGUACUUCAGCUUCGAUUCAAGCGUUGACAGCAUUUAAGAAAUUGUACCCUGGGCAUAGAAGAGAAGAAUUGGAACAUUCAAUUGAAAAAUCUGCAAAGUUCAUUGAGAAGAUUCAAAAACCAGAUGGCUCAUGGUAUGGCUCUUGGGGUGUUUGCUUCACUUAUGGCACAUGGUUUGGGGUAUUGGGCCUCGUGGCUGCUGGAAGGAACUUUAGCAAUUCUUCCAGCAUUCGCAAGGCUUGUGAUUUUCUGAUGUCAAAACAACUUCCUUCUGGUGGCUGGGGGGAGAGUUAUCUAUCUAGUAGUACAGGGGUUUAUACAAAUAUUCAAGGCAACAGAUCUCAUGUAGUACAUACAGCGUGGGCUAUGUUGGCCCUAAUUGCUGCUGGGCAGGCUGAGAGGGAUUUGACUCGGUUACAUCGUGCUGCUAAAGUAUUAAUAAAUUCUCAGUUGGAAAAUGGAGAUUUUCCUCAACAGGAAAUAGUAGGAGUCUUCAACAAGAACUGCAUGAUAUCAUAUUCUGCCUAUAAGAACAUAUUCCCAAUAUGGGCAUUGGGAGAAUACUGCAAUAAGAUCCUGAAAGCCGGGGCCAGCCGUGAGUGAAAGAAGAGUUCCCAGUUUAUGCCACCUCCAUUUGUUUAUUUUUUUACCUUGCUCCAGUAACUUUUUUGUUUUCCGUACUAUGUUGAUUUUCCGCAAUGUUUUCCGUACUACAUGAGAUUUUCCGCAAUUUUUUUUACCUUUCUUUCCGUCUUUCCGUCUUUCUGUCUUUCCGUCUUUCCUUCUUUCCUUCUUUGAGUUCUUUCCUUCUUUCCGCAAUGUUUUCACUCUUGUUACUUGUGGUUUUAUCUAGUUACUACCUCCGUCUCACAUUACUCAGGGCACUUGUUGAUUUUGACAAGGUGUUUUAUGAGAACCGUUUCUGUAAAUAAAGGAAUCCGGUCCGGCCCCAAACAAUACCGUACCUGGAUGGACUGCCAGACCGGGUCCACCCUUAGGACUAAGUAUAUUUUAUUACUUGAAUAUGACUUUAGUUCUAUUAAAAGAAUAUGUUAAAUUAGACCAAUUAUCACUUCCCAAAAUAGAGUGAAUGUUAAUAUUUUGAGAAUAAAAU